AUGCAUUGUUUACCGAAAGUUCUGUCUGUACGAAGGCAAUGGGUUCGUUUUGUUCGAAGACAUCGGUCUGACUUCGACCCUGAAAAGUAUUCUUCACAAAUAUGGUUGUGCUCGGCACAUUUUGGUGAGAGCUGCUUCUCUAAGCGUUUUGCGAGCAAUUUACAAGGUUUCGAUAGCAGUAACACCAAGCGCUUCUUGACUCAAGGCUCAGUUCGAACAAUUGACAUUGUUGAAAAUGUAGAUGAUGUCAAUGCUCAGAGCGACAUAAAUUUACCUGCUAAAGAAAAGAGACUUGUAAGUAUUAACGUAGUAAAUUUGUCUUGUUAUUAUCUUAUAAACUGUUUGUUUAUUUUGUAAUAUAGCCCUUUAAAGUAUCAAAUAUCAAGUCGUAGAAUCACCAUUUUAAUUGCAAUAGCUGGCCUAACAUUUUAGAUACACAUGCAUGUCAAAGUAUUGUGUAUUAAGGUGGUGUUUUGUGUUUGGUUUAAUGUGCUUUAUAUUUUAUAAUAACUAAAAUUGUAUAAAUUUGGUUUUGUAGUUGAGAUGUGCCACUACAUGACAAUAUCUGCCUGGACCAAAUGCAAAACAGAGAAAGUUGAACACGGCAGAUGAGAAUGAUGAAUUGGAUGUUGGUGCUUUGGAUUGUGUUGCUGAUGUCGUGGGUGAUAGGGUUGGUGAGAGGGAUGAUGGUGAUGUUACUUUGGGCAAUGGUUCUGGUGAGAUGGGUGAAGGUGUGAGUAGCAGUGAGUUGGGUGUUGGUGUUUCUGUGAGUUUGUCUGGUGAGGAUGAUGUGCAUGAUGACGCUGGUGUCAACAGGUGCCAAGAGUGUUUUGCUCACAUCACAUACAACAAAAAUUGUAAGAACAGUAUUGAACGAUUGGAAAAGAUAGUGAAAGGACUGAGAACCAAAAUCAGACAAAAACAAGUAAGCAGUAUACUAUAUGAUGUGUGUCAAGUGAACAAAAAAAUUGGGCUUUUCUCAUUCAUGUCAAGGCUGACAGGGCAAACACAUGUUUACUUUACAGAUACGCUAAUAGGUGUCCAAAGAAUGGUUAG